GAUGAGAGAUGUCCCAGUCCUCUUCUUCUACAGGAUGGUUCAGAAAAACAUCAAAGCAUUCCAUAUGAUGAUCAGAAAGAUGGAAAUAAGCUUUUAAAUCUGGGUAAAAAUCUGACCAAUAUUAAGGCUGAAGAUACAUAUGUGAGGGGUGAUGAGCAGAUCAUAGAGGACAUUCCCACCGAUAACCACCCAGCAGAUGACUGUACCAGGAGCUCAGAGAAAAAUGUGAUGUCCGAUUUUAGAACAGAUUGUGGUGUCACAGAAGAUACACAUGAAGAGCAUGCUGUUAUCUCAGAUGUAGCCUCAGCCUUUCACAGCAAAGAUCUAUCAUCUGAUCCUUUGGAUGGAUUUCAAUCAUCUAAUUCAUCACAGACUGUUAAGCAAAAUAAAAGCCACAGACGAAGUGCUCAACAUCAAAGAAGUCAUACAGGGGAGAAUGCUCUUUCAUGCUCAGAAUGUGGGAAAUGUUGUAAAUCUAAAUCAUAUCUUAUGAGACAUCAGAGAAGUCACAUAGGCGAGAAGCCAUUUUCAUGUUCAGAAUGUGAAAAACAUUUUAACUGUAAAUCAAAACUUGUUACACAUGAGAGAACUCACACAGGGGAGAAGCCAUUUUCAUGUUCAGAAUGUGAAAAACAUUUUGCCUCUAAAUCAAAACUUGUUAUACAUGAGAGAACUCAUACAGGGGAGAAGCCAUUUUCAUGUCCAGAAUGUGAAGAACAUUUUAACUGUAAAUCAAAACUUGUUAUACAUGAGAGAACUCACACAGGGGAGAAGCCAUUUUCAUGUUCAGAAUGUGAAAAAUCUUUUAACCGUAAAUCACAUCUUGUUAUACAUGAGAGAACUCACACAGGGGAGAAGCCAUUUUCAUGUUCAGAAUGUGAAAAACAUUUUAACAGUAAAUCACAUCUUGUUAGACAUAAGAGAACUCACACAGGGGAGAAGCCAUUUUCAUGUUCAGAAUGUAGGAAAUGUUAUCAGCGGAAAUCACAACUUCUUGAACAUCAGAGAAUUCACACAGGGGUAAAGCCAUUUUGUUGUUUAGAAUGUGGGAAAUGUUUUACUGACAAAUCCUCUCUUGUUAAACAUCAGAGACUUCACACAGGGGAGAAGCAAUAUUCUUGUUUAGAAUGUAGGAAAUGUUUUGCUCGUAAAUCAACUCUAGUUAAACAUCAGAGAAGGCACACAGGGGAGAAGCCAUUUUCUUGUUUAGAAUGUGGGAAAUGUUUUGCUCGUAAAUCAAUUCUUGUUAUACAUGAGAAAGGUCACACAGGGGAGAAGCCAUUUUCUUGUUUAGAAUGUGGGAAAUCUUUCCCGCAGAAAUCAAAUCUAGUUGGACAUCAGAGAAUUCACACAGGGGAGAAGCCAUUUUCUUGUUUAGAAUGUGGGAAAUCUUUCCCAGAGAAAUCAAAUCUAGUUGGACAUCAGAGAAUUCACACAGGGGAGAAGCCAUUUUCUUGUUUAGAAUGUGGGAAAUCUUUUCCACAUAAAUCAUCUCUUACUAUACAUCAGAGAAUUCACACAGGGGAAAAGCCAUUUUCUUGUUUAGAAUGUGGGAAAUCUUUUCCACAGAAAUCAUAUCUUACUAUACAUCAGAGAAUUCACACUGCAAAGAAGUGAUUUUAAUGUUCAGAAUGUGCUAACUAGAGAUGAGUGAACUUUAAAAAAAAUCAAUUCUGCAGCUUGGUCAAAGUUCAACAAGAAAUUUGAUUCGUUCGGAAUUUGUCACAAUUAAUUUUUAAAACACCAAUCAGCCUAUCAAUCAAUGAGACUAUUUUUAAGGCCCCCUUAGACCGAAGUGUACUCAUCGAACAGCCAUUAAAAACAGUAAUAUGCUAGUGCAAUAUGGCCUUUCGGUUUAAAAAAUAAAAAUCAUAUCAUCCAUUUGCUCGCACAGGGGCUCAUCUCUUGAUUGAGAAAGACCUGCUAAGGGACCUGUGCUUAGUGUGAUGUCUUCACCACGUGAUCUUGCUGGGAGAGCACGGUGACAUCAUCACAUUGAGUGCAGUUCCUUCGACAGGUCUUUUUUAGAGGAGUGCACUGCCUCUGCGCGAGCGAGUGGAUUAGAAAAAAAUGAUUCGGAAUCAUGAAGCCCAAAGAAAUUCGGCUUAAUUUAAAAUCACAUUUUUCCUAAAAUUCUGACUGAAUUCCACUUCGGAUGGUUUGCUUUGCUGAAC